CACUGAUCACGCUUGUCAAUUUAUCCAACUCUUCUCGCAGCGAUGGCCACGUUAAACCCACCCGCAUAUCACUGCAUUGUAUGCACGUUGACAAAAAUCCCUUUCGCGUCGCUGAGUAAAGAAAGCCAACAGAAAAUUGUACGCAAUGGAAGGCCAACGAGUCAGAUGCCCAACCUGACCUCCCGUUGUUUAAACUCGCUAAACCUGCACGCCACGGACUGGAUGACGGGAUGCGAUCGGGAGCGUAAGCUUUACUGUUGGCCCUGCCUGCUGUUCAAUACCUCUGAGUACGAUGUGUGGGGCAAACGAGGAUUUUCCGACUUUGGUCGGUUAGCGACGGCACGGACCGAGCAUACGAAAAACUCUUCGCACCAUGCGAAAAGCAAAACGCUUAAGCUGUGGAUCGAAACGGCUAGCGAGAUGAGCGAAAGUAGUGGCGAGGAGGAUGUCGAGUGUAUACCGGAGCUUGAUUUUCUGAACAUGUCCGCGUCUGAGUUGGACGAGGAGAUCGAUGUGAAGCCGAAUGUAGAAGCGUUGAGCGCGAGUAUCGCUUUUUCACAAGCGUUUGGUGUGGCACCGGUGGUGAAUCUGUGCGAAGUUGCCACAGAUGGUGAGGUGAUGUCUUACGAACCUUCGGCUAUUGUGGUGGACUGUGAGGCUGACAGUGAGAACGUUGAACCGGAGGGUCAGCCGGAUGUUAGUCAGCAAGCAAGCAAUAUUUCGACUGCUCCCGCAGAACGAAGGGCUAGCGUUUCAUGCGCGGAUGAAUAUGCAAGGAUUUACAAGAAGGGACAGCCGGACUCUGCUGGCGAUACUAUAAUGUCCCACACAAUACAAACCGGUGCGGAAAAGUAUCAACUGAAAUGGCAUUCACACUAUCAAAAUAUGAAUGUGUCCCUAUCGAAUCUCUACAAAAAUGAUCGUUAUGCGGAUGUGAUGCUGCUCACGUGCAAUGGAGAUGAUAACUACACGAUACCUGCUCAUAAGCUAAUACUCGGAACUUCCAGCUUGUACUUUGCAAACAUUUUCGACAAAAAUCCUGUUCCACUAAACGCACUCACGUACAUUGUGCUUCCACCCGAGCUCACCUAUCGCUCCAUGCAGAUUCUCAUACAGUACAUGUACACCGGCGAAUCGACCGUGUCGACGGACAUUCUGAACGAAGUGCUUCGCGGGGGAGAAAUAUUAAAAAUUCGUGGCCUCUGGAGAAACGAAUGUACGAAACCGCCACCACCCGGUAACGACCAGCAACAUAUUGCUGGUAGUAGUAAUAGUAAUAAUAGUUCGGACGGAUGUUCCGGACGGUUCGUUAGUCCAGUUACAGUUACGUUACCUCAAGCUACUCAACCUGCUUUUAUACCGCACCACGUACUUCCACCAUCUUCCACCGGUCCACUAAUUCAGGUAAAGCGUGACAUGGCUAUAGAUCCUGCUGUAGUAGUGCGUCAGAAUAUUAGUGUUGGCGAGGGGCCACGAUCUCGCUCAUUUUAUUCGUUAAAAAGUCAUGAACCCGCUAAACAACCGAAUGAGAAAAUGGUACAAGAUUUGAAUGACAAUCGUAAGAAAGAGCAAGAAAAGCAACCACUAAUGGACUCGUCCGCACUGUGGAGCGAGAAUAAUGCGAAUAGUAAUGCAGGGGAAGAACAAGCUGUUAUGCCACAAGAACUGAAUUUCCUGGACGUGAAAGCUGAACCGGUCGAGUGGAGUGAUCUUCGAGCUGGCGAACUAUCGAUGCCUGGGAACGGUGAAACUCUGGAUGGUCCACGAAAUCAAGAGCAAACUAAGAAUGACGCAGCUCCGAUCUCACCGAAGCAGAUAAAGACCGAAGAAACUCCCACGACGACGGACAGCUCUCACUCUUCAUCCUCAUCCGCAACACAGCAACAACCGACGUACUCACCCUUAACCUGUGAGCUUUGCAGCGAAACGUUUACCAUUCCCGGCGAAUGGGUACGACACAUCGAAGGACACAGCGACACCUCACAGACGCUUCCCAAACGAAGGCGACGUGCGGAAGAGUCCGAAACUGCAGAUGAAACGGCCUCGCUACGGUGUGAUUUGUGUGCCACGUUCUAUGUCACUCCGGCCGACUGGGUACGGCAUGUACAGAAUGCACACACCGAAUCGGAACUGGCGGCAUGUAAUAAGCGCGCGAACCGGAGACCGACCCGUGGACGGUUAUCGUCCACCAAUGCAGCUGCCCAGCUUUCGCCUGGAACUGCACCGGCAGCAGUGGAUGGUACGUCGGCAGAAAAGCAUUGCCCUGUGUGCAAUAAAUCCUUCCCUUCCUAUGCCAGCAUGGCUAUCCACAGACGAACCCAUACCGGCGAAAAACCAUUCUCCUGUGAAAUUUGUAACAAGGGCUUCACCGUAAAAUCGAACCUCAUACGACACAUGCGAUCACAGCACAACCAAGAAACCGGUCAUCAACCUGGCUCACCGCACACCGACCAGGACAGUGAAAAUUCCGAAUGA